AUUGACACCCCUCUUAGCUGGAUUAUUAAAUGCAUGUUCAUUCUUGUCGUUGGUUUUAUACACCUAUAUCACUUAUUAACAUUAUUUUAAAUAAAAUGCGGAAGUGUAGGCAUACAAUUAUAAGGACCGUGUCCCUUGUGUGACAUUCUGUCCUCCUCCGGUCCAGUUGGCGGCAGCUGCGCGGUGCCACAUCAGAACAGAGUGUCCCGUACACACCGGCAGCUUAUGAAGGCUUCACCGGUUUAACCUCAAUCAGUUGCGGCGGAAUCGCAGGGGAACGGGCUAUUGUUUCAGCAGACGGUUAGACAGAAGCCGAAACAUGACACUCUGAAGAUCUGCACGGAUUUAACGGGAGUUUGCUCACUGAAAAACAGCCGUCUCACGCACUCUUAGAGAUGACAGCGGACGCUCGCUCGUCACCGUGUUAGCCGCGUUAUUCGACGUCGAUCGUCAUCGUUUCACACACAUUUAGUAGGUUAAGCUGUAUUUUUGAUGGCCGUGUCAGGAGGCGCCCGGCGGAUCCCGAUGGGUGUGCGGACAUUCAGCGAGUUCCUGGAAAUCGCGACGGUCGGACCGUGUCGCUCCAACAGCCCGUAUAAAUACAGAGAGAGGAUACAGCACUGGCCCAUCAGACACCUGUCCUCCUGCGGGAUCCUGAUGACCCGUCAUCCCCGCGCUCUCUGUCUCUCUGAAAUGGAUUUGACUCCCACUCAUCACAGGAGAUCUUUCAUCAGCCUCACCAACAAGAGAAAGGAGUAUUCAGAGAGGAGAAUACUGGGGUACUCGAUGCAAGAGAUGUAUGAUGUCGUAGCCAACGUGGAUGACUACAAACACUUUGUACCGUGGUGUAAAAAGUCCCAGACCAUCAUGAAAAGAGCCGGUCAUGCCAAAGCUCAGCUGGAAGUGGGCUUCCCUCCGGUUCUUGAGCGAUAUACUUCAAUGAUCAGCCACGUCCGGCCACAUCUGGUCAAAGCGGUGUGUUCGGACGGUAAACUCUUCAAUCAUUUAGAGACAAUAUGGCGGUUUAGUCCCGGUAUUCCUGGCUAUCCUCGCACGUGUACUGUAGACUUCUCUGUCUCAUUCGAGUUCCGCUCAUUGCUGCAUUCACAGCUAGCGACCGUGUUUUUCGACGAGGUGGUGAAGCAGAUGGUGGCGGCGUUCGAGCGGCGAGCGGGCAAACUCUACGGGCCCGAGACGAGGAUACCCCGCGAGCUCAUGUUUCACGAGGUCCAUCAAACGUGAGGUGCACCUUUCACGCGGGACCCGCCUGCAUCCGGAACUCACCAAACUGAUUAGACGCUUAUCACACGACAAAUCAGAUCGCUAGAUUACAUUGGGAUGGUACGACAGAUACCAUUUAAUUUUAGAAAACGAUUUCGGUUCGUUUGAGGUGUUGCACCUUAAACUUGCAUUUUUUUUUGUUUUGGUUUGUUUUGGUUUGCUUUUUGCCUGUGAAAUGAAGAUUAAUUAUCGCACAUUUUGACAGGUAAGAUUGGAAGGCGGAAAAACGGUUUCAUCUGGUUUACUCAUUCGGUCCUGCUGUGGGUUUAUUGGGGCCAAAUCUGACUUAUUACUUACCAUUUUAUCUUUUUCUUACCACACAAAAUACUUUCGACUUGCACCUCAGCGAACGAUAAAACACGUACAGCACAACAAUUGUUUACUUUUCCCUUACAUGCGCUCAGCGGGCUAAUAUUUAAGUCGAUAUUAUUUUCUGUGGUAAUCAACAGCAUGGAAAAGGCACAGAUUAACCCUACUAAAGCGACUCUACGUACGACUAGACAUGGAUUUAAACUGCUUGAAUUUGAUCGCGCUCAAAGUGACCUACUUGACUUCCACACCGCACUGAAUUUAUAAUAUACUCAUCUCAAGAAGUCACACUCGGAGGAGACUCCAAACACGGCUGUAAAUAUAAUAAAUAUGACUCGUACGGUUAGAGCGACGUCAGAUAUUUCUCUCACUUAAAUAUUUAUCCUCGUAGACAACAAAACACUUAUGUUUAUAGAAGUAGCGCAUUGUAAUGAAGGAUUUAGUAUUUGAAUUGAAUUGUAUUUAGCAUGCUUUUGCUUUCAUUGGAUGCAAACUCAGGGCUUUUCAGAUGAAAGAAAUAUACGGAUUCAGCCUGUCGUUCCCUAAUAGUGAUCCCAGUGUGUGCCUGUUCAUGUAGACCGUGCCAUUUCUGAUUUGUCGCUACAUUUAAUGUUUAAACACUACUGUAUGUGUGUAUUGUGAUUUUUCUUGAAAAGCUACAGUACGAGCUAGCGGAGCUUCGUGUGCAAGCAAAGCGGACAUUUUUCUCCCACGUUUAUUUUAUGAGAUUUUAUUUUUAGCCAUUUCAAUGCCUUAUCUAAGUGCUCAUGGCGUUUCUAAAUGACUUCAAAAAAACGUAAUUGUCGAGAGCUGUCCAUUGGUAAUUUAUUUGUGCUGUAUCAAACACCUGUAUUAGAGUCUUCCGUGGAAAUAAUGUCACCUUUAGUAGAUUUCUAGGAUUUAUUAUGUAAAAACAUUGUUAAAUGUGAGAAUGUUUGCUUGGAGAACUGUGAAUACGAACCAAAGAGAUGAGCAGUGCUUCGUAAGACCAAGAAGAGCGCAGUUUAAGGAACUAAUUCUCUGAAUGUUGUCUGUUCGGUAAAACCUUAAUUCUCUGUCAACAGGCCUGUCGUCAGUGUUAUGAUCUUGCACAAGCAUUUCUUUUGAGAAUCUAUAAAUUUAUUUCCAAACAA